AUGGCUCAAGUCUUUGGUAAUGCUCGUUCAGAGACAUUGUUUCUUGGUGGUGAAAAAGUUAGUGGUGAAGAUAUUCGUAAUCAAAAUGUUUUAGCUGCUUCUGCCGUGGCUAAUGUUGUCAAAUCUUCAUUAGGUCCAGUUGGUUUAGAUAAAAUGCUUGUUGAUGAUAUUGGUGAUGUUGUUGUUACAAAUGAUGGUGCCACCAUUUUAAGUUUAUUAGAUGUUCAACAUCCAGCUGGUAAAAUUUUGGUUGAAUUAGCUCAACAACAAGAUAAAGAAGUUGGUGAUGGUACUACAUCAGUUGUUAUUGUUGCUUCUGAAUUAUUGAAAAGAGCUAAUGAAUUAGUUAAAAAUAAAAUUCAUCCAACUACAAUUAUUACAGGUUAUAGAGUUGCAUUAAGAGAAGCAACAAGAUAUAUUAAUGAAGUUUUAUCUACUCCAGUUGAAAGUUUAGGUAAAGAAAGUAUUAUAAAUAUUGCUAAAACAUCAAUGUCAUCAAAAAUUAUUGGUGCUGAUUCACAAUUUUUUUCUCAAUUAGUUGUUGAUGCAAUGUUAGCUGUUAAAACAACAAAUGGUAAAGGUGAAACAAAAUAUCCAGUUAAAGCAGUUAAUAUUUUAAAAGCUCAUGGUAAAUCCUCAACUGAAUCUAUCUUGGUUAAAGGUUAUGCAUUAAAUUGUACUGUUGCUUCUCAAGCAAUGAUUAAAAAAAUUUCAAAUGCAAAAAUUGCAGUUUUAGAUAUAAAUUUACAAAAAGCAAGAAUGGCAAUGGGUGUUCAAAUAAAUAUAGAUGAUCCAGAUCAAUUAGAAGAAAUUCGUAAAAGAGAAUAUGGUAUUGUUUUAGAAAGGAUUCAAAAAAUAAUAAAUUCAGGUGCUAAUGUUGUUUUAACUACAAAAGGAAUUGAUGAUUUAUGUUUAAAAGAAUUUGUUGAAGCUGGUGUAAUGGCUGUUAGACGUUGUAAAAAAGAGGAUUUAAGAAGAAUUGCAAGAGCUACCGGAGCAACAUUUGUUAGUUCAUUAUCUAAUUUAGAAGGUGAAGAAACUUUUGAAACAAGUUAUUUAGGUUAUGCAGAUGAAGUUGUACAAGAAAGAAUUUCUGAUGAUGAAUGUAUUUUAGUUAAAGGUACAAAAGCUCAUAGUUCUUCAUCAAUUGUAUUAAGAGGACCAAAUGAUUAUACAUUAGAUGAAAUGGAAAGAUCAUUACAUGAUUCUUUAUCAGUUGUUAAAAGAACUUUAGAAAGUGGUAAUAUAGUUCCAGGUGGUGGUGCAGUAGAAACUGCAUUAAAUAUUUAUUUAGAAAAUUUUGCUACAACAGUUGGAUCACGUGAACAAUUGGCAAUUGCAGAAUUUGCUAAUGCAUUAUUAGUUAUUCCAAAGACUUUAGCAUCAAAUGCAGCAAAAGAUUCAUCAGAAUUAAUUGCUAAAUUAAGAUCAUAUCAUAGUGCAAGUCAAUCUGCAUUACCAACAGAUUUAAAAAGAAAAAAUUAUAAAAAUUAUGGAUUAGAUUUAAUUAAAGGUAAAAUUGUUGAUGAAUCAAUUAAUGGAGUUUUAGAACCAACAAUUAGUAAAAUUAAAUCAUUAAAAUCUGCUUUAGAAGCAUGUAUUUCUAUUUUAAGAAUUGAUACCAUGAUCACUGUUGAUCCAGAACCAGUUAAAGAAGAUCCUCAUGGUCAUUAA